AUGACGGAAUGGUUCAGCGAUGAAGAUCUUUUCUGCGGUGCGUGUGGAACAAAAUUCUGGCUAGAUAAGUCGUAUGAUAUCUGGUAUCGAUUCUAUCGAGUCGAUGACGCUGACCGUGAAGUCUUCACCCUCUCUGGAAUCGGUGCACUCUCCGAGGGAAUAAAACGAGAUCGACUGUACGCACCAAGAGAAGAGAACGAGAUCGUUAAAGCCGCACACGAUGCAGGGUACCUUGGUGCCAUAGCAUCCAAUGUUUGCACAAUCUAUCCUGCAAGAUACUGGAGCUCCCAGAACUGUCAAAAUUAUCCUCACGGCUACCCAUUUCAUGCGAAGUGCUGGAUACUGGUUGAGCGCUGUCUAGGCCUAGGCUAUAUUGCUCAGCACCAACUCGAGCAUCUAAUCAUUGCGAUCCGGAAAUAUUGGUAUAAAAACAACUAUGACCUGGACAAAUAUAUGCCCCUCAGAGACUAUACCUGCCCAUGGGUCCCUUUUGUGUGUUAUCGUCUAGUGGAAGCGCUAGAUGUCACUUGGCCAUACCAAGUCAACCCAGUUGAUAUCCCGGAAGUGAAAUGGCUGAUAAAACAAAGUACUCGAACACAGAGCACACCAGUGAAAACAGCAAAAAAUCCUCAGACCUGUGACAGAGAAAAUUAUCUCUCACUACUGCCAUUAGAACUCCGCUCACUGGUCCUAGAAUUUCUUGAAGACAUCGAUGUCAAAAGCUGCGUUUCCGCAUUAGGGUGGUCCAUUCCUGAAUCCCACUGGCGUCGACGAUUAGGAGGCCUUAUCUUUGAGUUCAUGGAAGUUCAAUGCGAUGUUUAUAUCAAUUGGGAGUUUGCAUACUUUGAGACACAACAACUGCUCAGAAAGAUCCUGGGUCUCGAAAACCGUCAACGUAUUUGGAAGGCUCUGGGCUCAGUGAGAGGAAUUUUUCAGAAUCUCGAAAAGGAAGAAAGCUCAACCCGUUUAUCUGUCUUCAUUAAUGAGACAUACCCUAUCUAUACAGGUCCUAUUGAUCCUGGUCUGAAGUAUUUCAACAAACAUGUGGGCUGUGCGAAGCCGUUUCCACACACGAGAUUUCUCAGAGGGGAUCCGCCAACUAAUGAGCGUUGUGAGUGUGAAAAGCCUUUGAGCUGA